AUGUAUAGUGAUGAUUUAGAAACAUUUUCGGGAUCUGCAAGUGAGACCAGUGAGAGUGACAGCACUGAUAGAAGUCAUGUUGAACAACAGUCCACGUCGGCAACAUCUGCAAAACCGAGAAAACGUAAGUGUCCACCACGGAAACGGGUGUUUAAGGACAAUUGGCUGCAAGUCACCGAGUUCAAGAACUGGCUUAGUAAGAAAACGGCACCAAGCGGGGAAAUGAAACCCUUCUGUAAACUUUGCACGAAUUGGCUCACUUGUUCUAUGACCGCUAUUAAACGACAUGCUGCGAGCCAAAAACAUCAAGCAAGGAUAAAGAUGUCCGCGACAACUGGCUCCAUCGCCCAACUAAUGCGUCAAACAACAAACUCUGAUGCGACGACUUCGAUGGAAAUAAAAUUAUGUGCGUUUAUUACCCAGCAAAACUUGCCAUUGUCAAUAUCGGAAGACAUAGUCGAACUACUUCGAUCUCUUUUUCCAAAUGAUGCUGCGUUAAGUUAUUUAAAACUUGGAAAGCAGAAGGCCACGAACAUCGUUCGCCAAGUGCUCGGUUUUGAUUACCUCUAGGAAAGGGUGGCAUUGUUGCGAUCACGAAAGUUUAGUGUAAUCAUCGAUGAAGCAACGGACAAAAGUGUCAAAAAGCAACUGGCCAUCAUUGCUACGUUUUUUGACAUUGAGAAGUGCUAGUCUGCGAAGAGUGCGUAAACCGACUACUUGAACAGUUCGAAGCGUUGACCCGCUAUUUCACCUUGACAGCCAACGAAGACCCAUCACACUCAAACGAUCGCAUUUUGGCAUCAUUACAGAAUCGUUUUACCCAGGCGUAUCUGGAGUUCUUAAGCUAUCAACUCGAGCGUCUUAAUGCAUUUAACAGAUUGUUUCAGAGCGAGCGUCCUCUCCUCCACAUGCUAAAACCAGAAAUAGAAAGCCUUAUCAAGUCAAUUGCCUGUGACUUUAUGAAAAUCGACAUCGUAAAGUCAACGUCGCCAAACAAGCUAAACCCAACUGACGUCAACCAACACGUACCAUUAAGCGAGACCUACGUUGGCCUUGGAGCGACGGCUACUAUCCACGAAAUUGCUAGCGUGGCAGGGAAAGCUGAUGUUGAUAACUUCCUAACGACCUGUAAGAAUUUUCUCAUCGAGAGCAUUCUACAAAUCCAAAGUCGAUUUGACUUAGAUGAUCCACUCAAGAUCCGCUGA